AGAUGUAAUUCAAGAAAUAUUCGACGAAUAACAUUUUUCUGGGGUUCCAAGCUCACCGGUAAAAUAUAUUUUUUAUAGUGUUUGUCUUUUCUAUUUGUGGAAAAAAAGUUCUAAGCGCGAAUGAAGGGUUCGUUGGAUCGAACGAAGGUUGUGCUUCGGCACUUGCCACACAACAUUUCUCAGUCAGCGCUCAUGGAGCAAAUUGAUGCCCGUUUUUCCGGUCGUUACAACUGGUUUUGUUUCCGUUCCGGGAAGAACAGUCUGAAGUGUCAAUCCUAUUCCAGAGCCUACAUUGACUUUAAGCAUCCAGAUGAUGUCAUUGAGUUUGCAGAGUUCUUUGAUGGACACGUGUUUGUUAAUGAAAAGGGCACCCAAUUCAAAACUAUUGUUGAAUAUGCACCCUCACAACGCGUUCCAAAACAAUGGUCUAAGAAAGAUGGACGUGAAGGCACCAUAGACAAAGAUCCUGAAUAUCUUGAAUUCCUCGAGUUAAUUUCAAAGCCUGUGGAGAAUCUUCCUAGUGCAGAGAUACAAUUGGAAAGAAAGGAAGCCGAACGAGCUGGUAAUGCGAAGGAGGCUCCUAUAGUUACUCCUUUAAUGGAUUUUAUUCGCCAGAAAAGAGCAGCCAAGGGUGGAUCUCGGAGGUCAUUGCCUAAUGGGAAGUUAAUGAGAAGGCCUAGUGGUGCAUCAUCAUCAUCUUCAACUUCAAAUUCUCCUGCAUUAAAACGUGGCUCUGAAAGAAGAAGGACUUCAACCACCAUGUAUGUCCCAAGGGAUACUGGGAAGGGUAGAAGUGGUAAAGAAAAGUCAACAUAUGUUCAGGUCCAUAAACCUAAUGAUCAACAGCCUGUUUCUGGAAGUGUUGUACUGGAGGAAGGACGGGGUUCUGCUGGAACUCCUGAUAUUGGGAAAAAGAAAAUUCUGUUGCUGAAGGGGAAAGAAAAGGAAAUACCCCUUAUAAGCAGUGGUGUGUCAUCUGUGAAAAUAUCCCAUGGUUGUGGUGCUCCAAAACAAAGGGAGGGUAGUGGAAGGGUGAUUAGAAGCAUACUUAUUAACAAAGAUUCACAACAAAAUUUAAAUAGGGAAAUUGACAGAAAACCCCCUAGACCUCCUCCACCUUAUAAUGGUUUGCAAGAUGACAUGGAGAAACGUGGUACUAGGAACAAGGAUAGACCUGAUCGUGGUGUGUGGACCCCACUUAGGCAUUCUGAUGAUGACUCUCUUUCAUCUUCACUUUCUCAAUCCAAACCAGAUUCUUCAGAAGGAACUCAUGGAGAGGGAAAGUAUGACAUGAGGGGUGGAAGUGGACGAGGUGGUCAUUUCUCACCUGAUAAUGAUAAAUAUGCAGGCUCCCAUAAACAUGUGGCUAUGGUUCUCAUGAGAAACAGGUCUGGGUUCAGAAGUCAAGCUCUGGUUCUUAGUCUUGUUAGUAAGUUGAGUUCAGAGAUUGGAUUUUUUACAGUAUUGGGAGUUGGGAGCAUAAACGUGAUUGAUUGCAUCCAAGAAAGUUUUGUUUUUUUGCUAGGAAGCAAAAAAAGAUGGUUAAGCAAAGAAGGCUUUUUUCUGUGGGACCCUGUGAACGGGUGAGGUUACGAUUCUACCCCCCCUAAUUACAAGUUACAAACGGAAACAUGAAAAAGGAAAAUGGAAAAAGGAAAGCGGAACAGGAUGUGUUUUUUUGUUAAACAAAAAAAAAAGGCGAGUGAGUGAUGAUUAUCCUAAAAUAUAAGAGAUGUUGGGUUGGGUUGGGUGGUUUACCUUUAAUAUAAAAUAGGUGAAAUGAAAUUGAAGGCUGAUUGUUUGUAAAUACUAACUACCUCAAAAUGGUGGGUGUGUUAUGUUAUGUUAUGUUAUGUUUUGCAAAUAGAGAGAUGAUGAUGGGGAGAUAUGACUAUGAGCAUGAUUUUAUUAUGGUGUUCCUGUAACUCUGGUUUGUGAUUAGGCCAUGAUGCCAACAAGCCUUUGUGGUUUGGUUUUGUUUCAUCAAAGGAAAUGAUGUUUGUGUUGUGUUUUAUCUUUAUUUGAUAAAAAUUAUGAUUUGGUAAUCUAAAUGGAUUUGUGUUGUGUCA